GUCCCUGUUGGGGUUGUACUAUCGAAGUGGAACAAUGCGAACUACAAAGAGACUGCUUUGCUUCCGUUUCUGGUGUAUUUCAAUUUCUGAGCGGGAAUGCAACUGCUGCAUGACAGAUUUGGGAGUGUUUCUCACCGGUACCUCCAUGAUAGAAAAACGCUGGAAGUUCUUUUAUACGAAAAUGUAUGGCUAGGUUUAUUUCAAAGACACGAUUUUGCUUUUGUUCGUUUGUCCUCCGAUACGCACUUUUGUCUGAUGGGUAGCUUCAACCUCUGCCUGCACUACGGAUACGACAUCGAGAAGCCAACGAGAGCGGUGGUAUACCAUGCAUAGUGAUCAGAUGAAUCUAUUUGUCAGAAAAUUUUGGAUUGCUUCUAGAGUGAGUGUCAAUGUAUAAAAUCGAUGAGGUCCGCCCACGACAAAGCGAGGUCUCAAUUUUGCUUCCUGCUCCUCGCGACAAAGCGAGUCUGCAACGGAAAAACAAAAUAACUCCUUUCAGGGCGAUUUCGUGCAGCAAGGCGUGGGUAUCUAAUGCAACUUUGUUGAUGUCGGGGCGAGCGCGAGGAAUUAUUAGCGAGAACCGCUAGAAGGCUUAUGUAUAUGUUGCAAAGGCCGUGCCAUGCUUGUCCUCCCGGCGUGCCGACGAGCCUAAUCAUGUGGUGUCGUGUCUAGUGCACGACACGCCGAGAACGCUUUUCACACCACCAACCACCUCGAGAAUUUAGUACAAAUGAGAAUUUUCAUCAUUUGCAUCGCCCGACUUCUUCAUGGUUUUGCGGGGCAUAGUAGGUUGGCUGCGAACUAAGGUUCGGGAAUUCUCCAAUCGAGACUCCGAUUCCGGGGGCGUUGAGAGCAGGACCGGCGAGGGCUUCUGAUUCAUCUGAGUCCGGGACGAGGCAAGGUCGAAGUUAUUUCGAUAGGGCAAAACCAACCGAUGCAAGAAGUACAACUUCUGCUCUCGCCGGAAAGAACACUUCAUCACCUGCGUACGAGUGGCUUUGUUUGUAUUGUGUACCAGAACCUUUCAGACUACUGCCACUGUAGCGCGAAAAAUUUUCCAAACUGUUCUUGUUCUUACCUUUUCCUGUCGCAGAAGAAAGUACGGUUUUGCAUUGUUUUUUCCUGUUGACCCAAACCACUUCAGGUUUUUUUACCGUACUAGGUAGUACCUUGGGUUCAACCAUGAUGUUGUCAAUGUGAAGUAGACUUUCUUUACUCGAGCAUGAACUAAAUUUGGACCACAUGAGGCCCACGAUGGGUGCAUUUAAAGAUGUUGACAGUGCCAACAGUAGUUUCGUGCCGGUGCAGGUCUAGUCCACCCGGCAGGCGCAGCUACGGUAAUUGGUGCUACAUUUGUCAUCGAUAUUUGUCACGUUUCCGUGGGCAAACAUUUAUUUGUGCAAAUGGAUGUGGAUUCCAGGACGAACAGGAACACGCAUUUUGGAGACGUGCGCGUGCCGGAAAGAAACCAAUCCUAAAAUGGUGGGACGUCCGCUAGGAUCUCUGCGCCUUCACGAUGUUCUUACACAAUUCAGACUGAUCCCGGUUGUAUCUUGA